AUGGGGCGCUCCCGCAACUUGGCGUAUCACCUCCGUGUCGUGCUGCUGGUGCUGUUGUUUCUGGCCGGGGCCUUCGUUUUUGUAGACUCCAUGUUUUCCAAGUCGACCUUGUCCAGCGAACGAUCAACUGAAGUGUGUCGUGGGGUGCGCCCGGUAGACCAGAUUGUGCUUGUCCUUGUCGACGCACUGCGCCCAGACUUUGUGUUGCCGCGGCUCUCGCACCAUUACGCCACUGGAAAGGACUGCAGCGCCGCCGACCUGAAGGAUACGUCUCCCGCCUACAAACAGGAGAAGACGUUGACCUACGUUGAAAAAAACCUGCAGUCCGCGGCAAAUCCAUCGCACGGCUUUUUCUUCUACGCGGAUUUUCCCACCGUGACGUGCCAGCGACUGCGGGGGAUCACGACGGGGACCGUGCCGGCAUUCCUCGAGCUCAAGGCAAACCUCAACACCGACAUUAUAGAGCUCGACAGUUUUCUGCAUCAGCUGCGUAAACGAUCGAUCCUCUAUGGCGACAACACAUGGCUGAACAUGUUUCCUGACAGCGACAAUACGACGCUGUGGAAGGACACCGUCACCUACUCCCCAUUUGACGUGAAGGAUUUAGAUACGAUUGACGAGGCUGUGAUGAAAGAGCUCCCGCCAAGGCUCCUGGAGGAAACGGUGGAGAAGGCCCCAACGAACUACGCAAAGCUUGUCAUUGCUCACCUAUUGGGAGUUGAUCACGCCGGCCACACCUAUAGGGCCCACCACCCUGAAAUGGGUCGUGUGCUUGGACGAACCAACGAUGCGCUGUAUAAUCUGUCUCAGGUACUGCGCCAACGCAACUCGAGCAUGCGAACCUUGCUGCUUCUCAUUGGCGACCAUGGAAUGACAAACAACGGCGACCACGGCGGCGACACGUUUCCAGAGACGGACUCGUUUCUCUACGCCGAACUGUUUGACGGGAACAGCCGGCACUCGUCGUCCUCCGCAACAGCAGCUGAUGCCGCCAAAUCUUUGCGCCGAAGAUCUGAGUUGACAGAGACGCGCUGGGCUGAGGGUCGUGACGAGGAUUUGAUGCCACAAAAGCCGUGCCGUGAGAUUGCUGGAGUGGACCUGAACAAACUAAGCGCGGCACAUCAAGUGGACCUGGCACCGACGAUUAGUGCGCUUUUGGGUGUCCCCAUUCCGUUUGCUAAUAUUGGCCGCAUCAUCCCGGAGCUUGUCGUCCUUGCUGAUCCGGAGGCGGAAUUGGACAGGCUUGAGGAGUGCAACUGGAGACAAAUGAGCAACUACUUUAGAGACGCACGACUGCCAAAAAAUGCUGCGUGGGAAAAUGAGACUAUAAAUUGGCGCGAACGUCUUGCCAUGAUGAGCCACUUUGGGCGCAAAACACGGAGUCAAAUGAGUCAAGGUGGUAUGUUCCUUGGAUCGUGCCUCAUUCUCAUAGCCGCCUUCUCACUGAUGCGAAAUACCGAACUCUUGCAGUGCAUACGACGGGAGAGGCUGACGGGUACUUGGGCGGUGCUGUUGUUUGUACUCCGUCUUUGUGCCUUGCUCUCUAACAGCUUCAUCGUAAAGGAAGAUGUGGAGGUGCUCUGUUUGCUAGAGCUCCUCCUUCUCUCAGCGCUUCUUGCCACAUCUCAGAAGCGUGCUGCCCUGCUUCUUUUUGGGCUGCAGGUGUCGUUGCGAGUCAUGGUGCCCUUGCUUGGUCGCAGUCGCUCGCACAUCACCCACCAUUCCGGGAUGAUGUCUCCAUUGGAAGAGUGGAUGGCUACGCACGCUGCAAGUUUGCAGUGGGAGUACAUGGGCCUUGUUAUUGGUGCCGCCGCUUUCCUCCUCGCCUCCUCCUCCACCUUCGAUCGCCUCUGGGUGGUGGCACAGUUUUCUCUCAUGGCCAUUUGCUACAGCCGCUUCCUCCUUCACCACGUCGCCCCGCUCGUGUUUUUCGUGUUGACGGUAUUUGUGCACGAUGGCUCACACCUGCGGUAUAUGGCGUUUGUCGUGUGGGCAAGUUCCCUCUGCCAUGAGAAGUACUUGGUAAGCGCCGCAGUUGCCAUUUACGGGGCGCUCUUGCCUUUUGUGGUACGCGCAAUAAGCCACCUUCCAGGCAUCGCCCAGGCGGUGUUGUUGCACCUACUCUCGUGGGUUGCCUUCUAUUCGCAGGGGAAUCAAUGCCUCCUCACCACAGUGGACUUGAACGCCUAUUUUGUGGGCAACUCUUCGGAAUACGUCGUUUUUGGGAGUCUGCUGGUCGUGAUGCGGGCGCUCAACGCCUUUUUAUUGGUUCCCAUGGCGGUUAUGAGCGUCUACAAGACCCAACGGGCACAUGGGUGGAACUUGUGCUACCUGUUGGUGUACCUGGCGGUGGUGCAGACCGCCGCCUCCACCUUCAACGCGCACGUUCAGAAGUCCCACCUCAUGCUGUUUUCCAUUUUCUGUCCAAAGCUCAUGUUUGACCUUGCGGCAUGUGCGUUAACCAUUGUGGGGUAUGCGGUGACAGCGCUUGUAAUGUGA